CACAGCGCCCUCUGUUGUUAGUUCGUUCUCAGAGCAGGCUAUAGCUGUAGUUCCAACGUUGCUUUUGGCUCUGUUCCCGGUAAACAAAAAUCUUUUUUAGACUACAUGGUGACAUUUCCACUGACGCAGGUACAUGGAUCACAGGCACUAUUAGUAUAACGUAGUCUGGCUUAGUGGGUUAGUACUGAUUCAACGAAUUUACUACUUUGUAUGUUAGCAUGUCGCUAUCGUUAGCUUACAAGUGUCACACGUGUGUCCUGAGCUAUUGAUACCGAGAAAUGAAGGACUUUAAAAUAUGCGUCUCUAAGAUAUAUCAGUGCUGUUUUGUUGGUCCCAUUGUUGAUAAAAUACACUUAAUAUGGAUAAAGAUUACUUUAUUGAAGAUUUGAGUUCUUCGGAGGAUGAUAACCUGAAGUAUUCGACAUGCAAACAAUCUGGCAGAAUCAAUAGGGAUAACUCCCCUCCCGCAAUAUUGGCUUUCUCCGUCACUUCUGGGCAAGACAAACUGGGAGGCCAAAGCCUUCACUAUGACACUGGAGACCUGGAGGAGGUGAGCACUGAUUCUGAUGAGACUGUGGAGGAGUGGAUGAUCCUGGACAAAGAUCCACGGGAAGGAGACGCCACCAUCCAACUGAACCUGAGUUUCUCCAUCAGCUCUGACGAGAAUACAGACCACGAAGAUAAAAAUGACACACUAUUUCCAGAUCAAUGGGCUGUCUCAAAAAGAGACAAGGAACCUGGGAAACUGUUUUCCGUUUGCCGCUACUUUACGCCUGAGCAGCCACUAUUUUGUCCUGUUUGUAAGAAAACAGGUCAUCUUGCCAAAAGCUGCCUAUUGCAAAAGAAAUACGCAGUUUGUGUGCUUUGUGGGAUUCAGGGGCACCUUCAAAUAGAAUGUCCAAAUCGACCCUGUUCCAGAUGUGGGUUGCUGUCACAUGGGUCCAGGGCCUGUGACCGACAGCCUGUGUGGAACCAACACUGCCAGCGUUGUAGCCUCAUGGGACACCUCUCUGAUGUGUGUCCAGACACAUGGAGGCAAUACCAUUACACGAUUACAAUGACGGACAGUCCCAUCAAGAUACAGACAUGCCACACUAUUAAACAGAAAAAACGUUUUGCAAAUUGUUACAACUGUGCCAGGAGAGGUCAUUAUGGUCAUGAGUGCAGUCUUAAGAAGGAUGAUUAGUGGAACUUUUUUCACUCUGCCGUAUGUUUGCCACUAUGAUGCUACUGAAGAAGCCCUUCAAAGCAGGACUCGAAACAACAGAAACCUUGAAAUUACAAAAGAAACUCCUCUAGCUGAGCAGCAACAGUUAUUUGAAAGUUUGGGGCAAAUCUGUUCCGAAGACCAAGAUCUACUUUUCCAAAGGAGGACCAUGAAGCAGAAAGCUCAGUCAAGUGGCAGGAAGACUUGGCCAGAGCGGCGCAGAGAGAGACAGGAGGUGAAGAGGCUGAGGAGGGAAGCCCAGGCCAGAAGAGAAGGACUAAUGGGGCAUUCUCAGCGCAAAUCUGAUGAUGAUGACAAUUUAUAUUUGGAGUCUGUUGGGCCCAACAAUCCUUGGCAAUGCACAAGCCCAUCAAAGAAAACAAAGAAAACACUUCACCAAAGAAACAAAAAUAGCAGAAAGACACAGAGAGAACAUUUGAAAAAAAGAAGGCGGAAAAUGAAUGACUUUCAAUACCCCUUUAGAGAGAUGGACAGUGAAAAUCUUCCUUCUCCCAAACAAAGGGUGCGGCAUAGAAGGAGAUAAAACCACAAUUUAGGACUGGAUGUUAGAAAAUGAUACAGCAUUAUAAAAUAGAUUUGCCCUCUUGUAAUUGUAUGCAUUGUUCAUGCAUCAUGUGUAAAUGAAUAACAUUUUAAUUAACAUUGUCUAAUUAUUAAUAUAUGGUGUAAGACAUCACUAAAAGUGCUGGGUU